AUGGAAGCAGAAGCCUUUGAAGUGACGCUCCAGCAGCUCAUGACGGACGAUAGCGGCUUUUACAGCUGGCCAACUGAACCCGUCCACGAGGUUUAUCCGCGCAUCUACGUCGGCGAUGCGGUCACGCAGCGUAAACGACCCCGCUUGGAGCUGCGACCAAGAUGGCAACAGCAGGGCGUCCUCGGAACCCAAAGGGACGGACGGGAUCGCUCGCUGUCUUUCUGUUCUCCCACAGGCAGCGUAUAUGCGCACUGCAGGGAAGGCUACGGCCGCUCGCCCGCCUUGGUCACGGCCUACCCGAUGCUUCGCCAGAACACGGACGUCCGCGGCGCUCUGGCUACGGCGAGACGGAGAAGAGAGAUCGGACCUAAUGACGGCUUCCUUCGCCAGCUCUGCCGACUGGCCGCCGAGGGAUUGUUCCGGAACAAAUGA